GGGCAGAGGGAGAGAUAGAGAGAGAGACUGAGAGGAAAGGGGUCAGAGAGGCUCAGAGAGAGAGAGAGAGAGGGGAAGGAGAGCGGUUGAGAAACAGCACAUUUCGGAAAUUUGCCGUCCGCUGUUUGGCCGAAGAUCCCAUCCCUCCCCCCGGGGUUACAGCGGAGCCUCUGGGUUCAAGACAGGUUGCUCCCAUGGUCUCAGUGCACAAUAUCUGCUGUAUCGGUGCGGGCUAUGUGGGGGGCCCUACCUGCAGCGUCAUUGCACAGAUGUGCAAAGACAUCACAGUGACUGUGGUGGACGUGAACCAGGAUCGGAUUAAAGCCUGGAAUUCAAACCAGCUCCCCAUCUUCGAGCCUGGCCUGCAGGAGGUGGUGGAGUCUUGCCGUGGGAUCAACCUCUUCUUCUCCACAGACAUCGAUGCCGCCAUCAAAGAAGCUGAUCUGGUGUUUAUAUCGGUAAACACACCCACAAAGACUUUUGGGAUUGGGAAGGGCCGAGCUGCUGACCUGAAGUACAUUGAGGCAUGUGCCCGCAGGAUUGCCGAGGUGGGCAACGGUUGUAAGAUUGUGGUGGAGAAGAGCACGGUGCCCGUUAGGGCUGCAGAGAGCAUCCGCAGGAUAUUCAAUGCCAACACCAAGUCCAGCCUCAACCUCCAGGUACUUUCCAACCCUGAGUUCUUAGCUGAAGGAACGGCCAUCGCUGAUCUGAAGAAUCCAGACCGGGUCCUGAUCGGUGGGGAUGAGACCCCUGAAGGACAGAAGGCUGUGCAGGCUCUACGCAGCAUCUACGAACGCUGGGUCCCCAACAACAAGAUCAUCACAACCAACACCUGGUCAUCUGAACUUUCCAAACUGGCCGCUAACGCUUUCCUCGCCCAGCGCAUCAGCAGCAUCAACUCCAUCAGUGCCCUGUGCGAGGCCACGGGAGCCGAUGUGGAGGAGGUAGCCCAUGCCAUCGGCACUGACCAGAGGAUUGGCAGCAAGUUCCUCAAAGCCAGCGUCGGGUUUGGAGGCAGCUGCUUUCAGAAAGAUGUACUGAACCUGGUUUAUCUCUGUGAAGCUCUCAACUUACCAGAAGUAGCGAGAUACUGGCAGCAGGUAAUUGAAAUCAAUGACUACCAGAGGAGGAGGUUUGCGGCGCGGAUAAUUGGCUGCCUUUUCAACACAGUCACAGACAAGAAGAUUGCCUUGUUGGGUUUUGCCUUCAAAAAAGACACUGGGGACACAAGGGAGUCUUCCAGCAUCUACAUUUCCAAGUACCUCCUAGAUGAAGGAGCCAAGCUGCACAUCUUCGACCCAAAGGUUAAGAAGGAGCAAAUUGUUCACGAUCUGACCCACCCCAAUGUUUGUGAGGAUGAUCCCGAGCGAGUUCCCCGUCUGGUCACGGUUUCCUUGGAUCCGUACGAAGCGUGUGAGGAUGCCCACGCGAUCGUUAUCUGCACAGAGUGGGACAUGUUCAAGGAGCUUGACUACGAGCGGAUUUAUAAAGGAAUGCUGAAGCCAGCCUUCAUCUUCGAUGGCAGACGCAUCUUGGACAGUCUUCACCAAAAGCUUCAACAUCUGGGUUUCCAGGUGGAGACAAUAGGAAAGAAAGUGACGGAGCGAAUACCGUUCGCAGCCAACAAAGACAUCUCCAGGAUUGACCUUCAGGCUCCUCCAGCAAAGAAGCUAAAGAUCUAAUGGAUCAACUGGGUUCACAGUGACUUUAAACUGCAUAUUUUAUACACUUCAGUAUUAGUUUUUACAUGUAGUCCCCAGGCAUAACGACGACACUAAGGCAGUAUUUUAGGCAACUUUUAGAAGAAUGUGAUGGAUGAAUGAUUAGACUGUGUAUUUGGGAUGGGACUUACACAAGUUCCUAUCAGUUGGUUGUAUUGCAGGAGAAAUGAUUGUGUUUCAUUGAUAACUAAGAUGAUGUCAAUGGAGAGUGGGGUGGGUAAGAAACUAGAGCAAUUCAAACCAUUUUGCACAUGGACCAAAGGGUCAGGACCUCACCUAUAAUUCACUCUGUCCACAUCAUUUGCACAUCACAUGUAACUGAGGGUGCUGUGCCGAAGGUACUGAUGUCUAAACUUUGUUUUAUCAUGAAAGCCACGAAUCGUAAGCUUUGAACAAUCAUUGUGAGGUUAAAGACUUGACUCGUCCCAUCGGUACAUGGAGAGACAAUGGAGUAUGUCUUUCUGUCUAAUCCUCAUCAUUGUGUAACUGAGUUAGGAGAGAUGAUGGUUGCCAGGUAAGGUAGAGUCCUCAAAAAGCAGUGAACCUGUGGGUUUUUAACCUCAGAUAAUCAUCAUUUACCUGUAUUAAUACUGUAAAGGAAAUGCAUUGUGUUCACAUUCCACGUUCAUAAUGUUUUGCUCUUGGCGAGCAAGAUUUUUUUAAAAAAAAGAAAACUACGUGACUUCCGUGUUGAUGAGAUUUCACUCAACUUAUUGGUUACAUCUUUUUCCUAAUAAAAAUGUUUUUUCUAAAUGUCAUGAAUUUUGCACAUAGGAAUUUUGGCUGGGAAUUCUCUCUCGCUCUCGCUCGGGGACA